UCUGUAUUGUACCUCCAGACAUUUGUCUGUCACCUAUGACAGGACAGAGAUGGGGAAGAUUGUAGUGAAGAAGGACAAACCGUCUUCUGAGGGGCUGGAGAAGAACAAACUUCAACACACCAAAAAACAGAAGAAGAAGAAAUAUUGGAAAGAGCAUCCAAAAAUCGUUACCAAGCAGGUUGAGAUCAAAAAGAUUUCUCCGUUUCUUCCACCAAAGAAGGCCGAAGAGUUUUCUGCCAAUUGGAAGGCACUGCAGGCAUUACUGACAUCUGAGAAGAAGGACUCCGUUACAGAAUCAACAUCGACAAAAGCCUCAAAAAAGGAGAAAAAACUGCCAAAGUUAGAAAAACAGAAGGCUGUCCCUGUAAUUAAAGACCCAGCCUCCAGUAUCCCCACAAUCAAAAAAGGUCCAACUGCUGACCAAAAACCAAAGAGAGCUGCAGAGGAUGCUGGGACUACAGACAAGAUAAGGGAGAAGAGGAGGAAGUUACAAGCAGAAGGGGAGAAAAAACCUUCUAAAAAUCACAACAAGAAGCCGACUGAAAUGAACAUACAGGAGACGCCAAAGCUUGACCUCUGGUUUGAUGAUGUGGAUCCGGAUGAUGUAGAGGCAGCACUGGGAGCAGAAGCUGGUCAAAUUGCCCGCAAGAUGCAAGGCUUGCCGGAGAAGAAGUCUCAUACAGUAGACAUGAUCCUGGUGAAAGAUCGAGCGUUUGAGGGGCUAACCAGGACAGUUGCAAUCGACUGCGAGAUGGUGGGUGUGGGCACAGAUGGUGAAGAAAGCAUGGUUGCCCGGGUGUCCAUUGUCAAUCAGUUUGGCAAGUGCAUUUAUGAUAAGCAUGUCAAACCCACAGAACGUGUUACUGACUACAGGACAGAGGUCAGCGGCAUCCGGCCUGGUGAUAUUAAGAAUGGUGAAGAUUUUAAGGUUGUACAGAAAGAAGUGUCUGAAAUCCUCAAGGGGCGUAUCCUGGUUGGUCAUGCUCUGCAUAACGACUUAAAGAUCCUCUUCUUGGAUCACCCUAAAAAGGCCAUCAGAGACACCCAGAAGUACAAACCCUUCAGAAGAGAGGUGCAGAGUGGGCGUCCAUCUUUAAAACAGCUAUGUGAAAAGAUCCUCAGUGUCAAAGUGCAGACAGGAGAACACUCCUCGGUCCAAGAUGCACAGGCAGCCAUGAGGUUAUACACUAUGGAGAAGAAGAAUUGGGAAGCCAGCAUUAAAGGAAAAUACAACAAAACUAAAGUCGAACCCCAGAAAAGGAAACCGUCUUCCCUUGAAUAGCGCUGGCUGGACAGUUUGAUGCCUGUAGACCCAUGUGGAUAAGCUGCUAGACUGUCACCAUUUUUCUAUUCCAGUCCUGUUGUCAUUUUAGUGCACCAUUCACAACUGAUGUGCCCAAAAGUCUGCGCCAUUCCUGUGUAUUCUGGGAUGGGACUGAU